AUUUGGCACAGAAUUUGCAAACGCGCACAAAGUGUAAAAUAAAGUCGGCUUCUAUUCUCGACUGUACUUUGUUAAAUAAUUGUGCGAGCAUAAUUUAUUCGUUUAACUUAAAUUACACACUAAAAGUUUAGAAAAAGAACAACAUGUCGAGCGUACCAAAGCGACAAAAGUUGGAGCCUGCCGAUGGUAAUUCAUCCGCCGGUCCAAGCGAGGAGGAGUCUGAGGCGUUGGAGCUAAUAGAUGCCUGUCAAAAUGAGAUUGAUAGCCUGAACGAGAAAGCCAGCGAGGAAAUAUUAAAAGUGGAGCAGAAAUACAAUAAACUGCGUAAGCCUUGCUAUGAGAAGAGGAGUGAGCUUGUCAAGAGGAUACCCAACUUUUGGGUUACUUCUUUCAUCAACCACCCACAAGUAUCUGGCAUUCUGGAUGAGGAGGAGGAGGAAUGCUUGCACGCCUUAAAUAAAUUAGAGGUUGAGGAAUUCGAAGAUAUAAAAUCUGGCUAUCGCAUCAAUUUCCAUUUUGAUGAAAAUCCUUAUUUUGAAAACAAAGUUCUCACCAAGGAAUUCCAUUUGAAUUCGGCUGCAGCCUCUGAAAAUGGUGAGUGGCCCGCGUCGACAAGUACGCCAAUUCAAUGGAAGGAGGGAAAGAAUUUGCUUAAACAGUUGUUGACAAAAACCUAUGGCAACAAGAAGAAACGGAACUCUGACUAUAAGACCUUCUUUGAUUGGUUCUCGGACAAUGCUGAUCCCGUCAAUGAUGAGAUUGCCGAACUAAUAAAGGAUGAUCUAUGGCCAAAUCCGCUGCAAUAUUAUCUAGUGCCUGAUAUUGAAGUGGAGCCCGAGGAUGAAGACGAUAAUGAAGACAACGAGGAGGAAGCGUUUGAUGAUGACGACGGUGAGGAUGACGGAGAAGACGAAAUCGAAGAUGAAGAUGAUAAGUAAUCCGUGCGUAAUUUCAAAUUUCACUUAUUAGUUGUCCACAGUACUUUACCACAUGUAACUCUACCUUUUUGUGUGGUUAUAGUCGGACAAGAUAAUGCGCUGAACAACAUAAUCCCUUAUGUUGAAACACAAAUAUAAAUACAAGCUCCUUUAGACAGUUAAACAAAUAUGUUUUAAGCAAAUACGUAUUUCCGAAAAAUCCCAUCUACAAAAAGACCGGUUUUUUUAAAUACAAAAAUAAAAAGUGAAU